AUGGGGCGUUGGUGGCUGUGCAGGCCUUUUGUGCUCCGCCACUCUUGGUGCCAGCAACUGUGCUCUCCCAGCCCCCCCCCCCCCGCCUGCACUGCACACCUGCGCAUCUCUUCUCCCUCCUCGACGCCUCGUGCACCGCGUCCGCCGAUUUUUCUCUCCUCAAUCGCUCGCCCUAUUCAUCUUCUGCGUUGUGGCCGCGCGCACACCGACAAGAGACACAGACCUCUGCUUCCUGUCCGGUAUCUCUCCGCUUCAUCCACACUUCUGCGCGUGAGAGGCUGUCCUGUGCGGAGGUGUACAGCGCCUCCCUUCUCCCCUCAUUCUCCAUUGCCGCCUGCGCCUACGCAGACCAUCCUGCACGGACCUGGUGAAGACAGCGCUGCUUUUCAUUGCGGUGCCCUUCGCACACCGGGGGAGGUCGCAGCCAUGACAAACUUUUCCCCUGUCCAGUGCGAGACGGACGCCUUCUUCUCGCAAACGACAGGCACCGACGGCAACCCUCUCGCUCAGCCCUUCUUGCCGUCCUCUCGCUCUAGCCUGCCCACCUUUGCUUCCACGAUUGACAUGCACCGACGAGGCACCGCUCACGGCCGUUUACAGAACCGUGCGCGCAUAGACAGCAUCCACCGCAGUGAGGGAGGCCAUGUGGGUCAAGACACGUCUCGCUACACGCAGGCUGCCGCGGUCAGCAGCCAGAAGGCUAUGCACCAGCUGCUGAGUCGCCUGCAGACGUACAGAAGCUUUAAACCCUUUCUCUCUCCCCCGGCGCCGUACAGGGACAACUCCUUUGCGCAUGACCGUGGCUUUAGCAGUUUUGGCGGGCUCUCACCUGGCAGAGGGUCCACUUCGACGGUGAGCAGGAACCAGCUCUGGCAGAUGGUGGACAGGGUCCUCGACACAUCGGUGGCGCAGUUGCUUCGGUACAAUGCUGAGGGCCACUUCAUCAUGACGCUGGAGUCGACACUCGGGUUGGAAGCGCCGAUCUCGACGGCGAAGAGUGGUACCGUCAUUGAGAGCCGCAAAGCGGCGACGCCCGCGAUCAACGGCGGGGCGACUGAGUUGGUAAGCGGGGAGCUCACACCUGCCGACGGCCCGCUCCAUCCGCCGCCGCCCGUCUUGCAGAAAAAUGCCGUCAUGGCGUCCAUCGCGCCACCGAGUGCCUUGGCCGAUCGCUGGGCUUUGGACCACCCUUCUGCGACGGCUGCCGCGGUAAAAGAGCAGCACCGUGCGUGGGCCGUAUUUGACCAGCAGCGACAGCGCACAAGUCGCUGCUUCUACCUCCAGGCUAUGCAGGAGCAGCUGGAUGUUCUGCAGGCGGAGCAGGCGAGGGAUGCUACUGACACGACGCACUCGCCCUCAAGCCGCGGCGACGGCUCGCACCACUACCUCCUGGACAUGCACAGCCCCACUGACCCAGAGGACGUGGUAGCCAAAGCCGAGGAGGAAAGGCAGCAGACGCUGUGGCAUACCUUCCACGAUGGCCCCGUGCUGGCGGCGGGGACUUCCGAGUUGCCUCAUGAGUCGGCACUGGACGUCCCUGGGAUUGUGAGCGCCUACUUGGAGAGCACUGAUCUGCAAGAUUGGCUACAUUCUUCCUGGGCGCACCGCACGCACCGUCAUGAGAGCGCUGCACUGCGAGUACAGUGCGCCUAUCGCAUGUACCGGGCACGGUGUAAGGUGCGAGAGAUGCGGUACGAACGACGGCAGACAUUUUUGGCUAGCCUUAGCGCUGAACGCAAGGCUCGGCAGGUAUGGGACCUAGCGUUGCAGGUGCAGAAAGACACGACGACGACCAGUGGCACCGACAGCACAUUGCGGGGGCUGCAGUUUUUCAUCAACAAGGUGAACGCCGUUGUGGCGAAGCACCGUGCACGCAAACACUAUCAGCAGAGGCAGGAUGCUGAGAUACGCAGGUACGCUGCUACACGCAUACAGGCCGUGUAUCGAGGGCACCGGACACGUGUCUUUGUCACGGAGCUGCGGCAUCCCGAGAUAGCGGCGCUUCGGAAGCAGUUGCAGCGCGAAAACAGUGCGAAGCUGAUGCAGACGUGCUGGCGCCGCUACGCCGCACAACGCCAGUGGUGGCGCGCGCGGCAUGCGGCGUGUGUGCUACAGAGCAUGUAUCGAUGCCGCGCCGCACGACGAAUGCUGGCGGAGCGGCGUUACCAACGGAACCUUGAGGCGUCAGCGGAGCUGACGAAGUUCGCUGCGCAGCGCAUUGAACGGUGGUACGCGUCGUUUCUCGCCGCGCGUAACGCUAUCGGCCGCGCACAUGUGGCGGAGCUGCUGAUACUGCAGCGUGUGUGUCGUGGCUAUCAGGCCAGGCGCUGCGCUCAAGAAGAGAAGCGUCUGUCAAGCCUCCGAUCUGCUGUGCGCACCAUCGAGCAGCGUCGCCGGCGCGUAAUGGAAGUUCGAGAGGCGAUUGAAAGGCGGGCGGCUCUGAGCGCAACCAACGCGGCUAAGCGUACUGCGUCGAUGCGCGACGAUGCCGCUGUUACGAUCCAACGCGCAUGGAGACGACGGUGCGUGCUGCAUGUCUGCUAG